AUGGCGGGAACUCUGGCAACGAUAGAACAGUCAGCGAGAGAGCAAUGGGAGAUCAACUUCGCCCGCUUCAUUCCCUAUCCCAUUCUCACUUCCUCUCCCUCUCCCUCUUCAACUCUCCUUCCUCUCCCUCCUCGCCUCCUCAAUCGCCCUCCCCGCGGCAACUGGAUCUCUUCCUCCUCCGUCGCCUUCCUCCGCCUCUCCUCUCCCCUCUCCCUCCUCACCGUCUCCUUCAACGCCACACUCCUCGAAGAGCACUACGUUUCCAAACUCCACUUUUCGUGGCCUCAUGUCUCGUGCGUCUCUGGAUACCCUGCCAGAGGCAUCAGAACCGUUCUAGUUAGUUACCGAGAUUCCCUAGGCCAGAUUCAAAAGUUUGCUAUGCGGUUUCCGUCGAUUUAUGAAGCGCAGUCGUUUAUAGAUGCUUUGAAGGAGUUUCUGAAAGAUGACAAGGAGCCAGAGCCUCUGAAUACUGACUUUGGUUCUGAAAUUUCAUCCCAGUCAGAGUUCAUGUCAUCAAACAAGCAUUCCCAAAGGGCUUGUGAGGACCUUAGCUUUAUGACCCCGGUUGACAAUUACAUUCCACAAAUGCCACUGUGUAUGAAUGAUGAAGGGGAGCGACCUUUAGCGACCCAAGUAAAGGAAACAGAUCCUGGUCAAAACUUUGAAGGCGUUCUCCCAGUUUUGCCACCCAGUUUUGCCACACUACUCAUGGAUUGCUCUGAGAACAAGGCUCAACCAACCGUUUCCGAGGAAAUUGAUCUCAAGUCCCAAAUCGUGAGGUACAUGGAAGAUUCUUCCUUCCAAGAUAUGUUGGUUAAGGUGGAGAAAGUAAUCAGCGAAUUGGGGGGCGAUAUGUCCCUCUAG